AUGUGCGCCACGUGGAACGCUCUCUUCUUCAUUCUCAUCAUUGCCGCCCCCGCAAUCACUCAUUCGGCCAUCAUGUGAGCAUUUUUGACAACUGAACGCUUUAAAUUGCACGAAAUUUUGCAGAAGACCAUCAGAUUCGCCAGUUGUCCCUAUCACUGCAUUUGGAGGUAUUUCCGGGGCCUUUUUUGUGUCGGGUAGCAUUUCGGAUAAUUUUUUUAAAGGAAUUUGAAGCCUCCUAACACCUCUAGAACUCAAAAAAAUGUCGUUUUCCGCAGAUUCCCGUGUGAAACGCGAGUAUUCGCCGGAAAACUCGCCGCUCAAAGAGCCCCGAUCGCACCUUCAAUGGCGGCCGAACAAUCAACAACCCAUGUCCAGGAUCUACAAACGAUAA